AUGGCAGAUGUAGAGAACUUAGUUUCAUCUGAAAAGAAAUCUAACACUAAAAGAAAAGUAAACGUGUGGUGUUCAGCAGUUAAUUGUUUGAAGAGUGAUAGUAUCACACUAUCACAUGUUGCUGGCUAUCUGCUCCAUAAAUGUUCACAAAACACAGCUGCUCAACCUGAGUCAAAUGAUCUGGAUGACAACAAGACAUUAGAUUGUUAUUUAAAGAUAUAUGACCAAGACAAAUCCCAAUUUGGAGGUCUGCAUGUGCCUUCAGCUAGUUUCCUGGAGUAUGUCGUUCAACUUGAAGCAGCCUUUUUCGAAAACUUCUCUAUUUAUACGAAGGCGUUCCUCUGUUGGAAGUGA